AUGGGGCUGGGAAAGAGAACAGUCCCCGUUUCUGUAUCAGUCCAAGACAAAGCCCAGCUGUUUUCUAGACACUGCCAGGUAAGGCAGGCAGGUAGUGACGUGAAAAUUCUGUGCCGGCUUCCUGGGGACUGCCCACCAUGCAGUCAGUGGCUGAUGAAUUUCUGGGUCCUCUGGGGCAUCUGCAAACCCUACCGUGGCUUUCACCCUGCCCCUGGGUACCUUCGCUGCCAGCCUUUAUCAGGGGUUGGAGCCCCGAGAUGGAAUGACUACAGUGUACCCGAGGAAUUUAACUUUGCAAGUGAUGUCCUAGACUACUGGACUCAAAUGGAGAAGGAGGGCAAGAGAGGUCCAAACCCAGCCCUGUGGUGGGUGAAUAACCAAGGGGAUGAACUGAAGUGGAGUUUCAGAGAGUUGACAGACCUAUCCCGCCAUGCAGCCAAUGUCUUCACCCAGACCUGUGGCCUGCAGCAGGGAGACCGUCUAGCCUUGAUUCUGCCUUGAGUGCCUGAGUGGUGGCUGGUGGCCAUAGGCUGCAUCCGAGCAGGAAUAAUCUUCAUGCCAGGAACCAUCCAGUUGAAGGCCAAGGACAUUCUCUACCGAUGACAAGUGUCCAAAGCCAAGGGCAUCGUGACCACAGAUACCCUUGCCUCAGAGGUGGGUUCUUUAGCUUCCGAGUGUCCUACUCUGAAAACAAGGCUCCUGGUGUCUGACCAUAGCCAUCAAGGGUGGCUGGACUUAAUGAUCAUUGAUUGUCUCGGGUUCCCUACUCCGGAGCACUGCAGUGCUGGCAGGGAGGCUCUGCUGCCGGAGGAUCAAGAGCAGUGGAGACAACGGACAGGUCUUCUGCUCUACGAGGUCUACGGACAGUCAGAAACAGGUGGCAACCACAGGCAGCCAGGAGCUGGCCCCAGAAGUUCAUUUCUGGAUGCUCAUGUGGACAGCACACAGGGAGUAAGUUGUGUCACUCUCCGUGGAAUGAAGAUCAAUCGGGUUCCAUCGGGAAAGGCAUCCCCUCCUUUGACGGUGGGAUUCACAGGCCUGUUGCUCCAGGUCAUUGACGACAAGGGCAACAGCCUGCCGUUCAACACUGAAGGCAACAUUGGCAUCAGGAUGAAGCCCACCAAGCCCAUUGGCCUCUUCAUGGGCUAUGAAGACAACCCAGUAAAGACAGCCAAAGUGGAGUGUGGGGACUUUUACAACUCUGGACAUAGAGCAACUAUGGAUGAAGAGGGCUACAUCUGGUUCCUGGGGAGGAACGAUGACAUCAUCAAUGCCUCUGGGUACCGCAUCGGGCCCGCAGAGGUGGAGAACGCCCUGGCCGAACACCCGGCUGUGGCUGAAUCAGCUCUGGUGAGCAGCCUGGACCCAAUGCGAAGGGAGGUGGUGAAGGCAUUUAUUGUCCUGACCCCGGAAUUCCUCUCCCAUGACCGGGACCAGCUCACCAAGGAGCUGCAGCAGCAUGUGAAGUCAGUGCCAGCCCCGUAUAAGUACCCCAGGAAGGUGGAAUUUGUCUCAGAGCUGCCCCAAACCGUCACUGGCGAGAUUAAAAGAAGUGACCUUCGGAAAAAGGAGUUUGGUCAGAUAUAAUCAGCAAAACCCUCAGAAACCACUGUGUCUUCUUCGCCAAAUCCCUGGCUGCCUCAGUUUCCUCACUAUGGGGAGGGUGAGGAGGGGAGUGUUGGACAUUGAUUUUAAGAGCAUCAGGAGUGCUCACAUUCCAGCAUUUUUGUCCUUUUAAAUUACUGUCCGUUACUCUCCUGCUUCCAAGUCCCCGAGUGAGAGCCCAGGAUGUGGCUGGGGUAAUAAACGGACAUGAGCAUCCAAGGGGA